GGUCGGCCCCGGCAAGAUGGCGGCCCCCUUGGAGCUCAGUUGCUGGGGAGGCGGCUGGGGGCUCCCCUCCGUCCACAGCGAGUCCCUGGUGGUGAUGGCUUAUGCCAAAUUUUCUGGUGCACCCUUGAAAGUCAAUUUCAUAGAUAACACCUGGAGAGGUUCAAGAGGUGAUGUGCCAAUUUUGACAACUGAAGACAACACUGUUUCUCAGCCGGCAAAAAUACUAAACUUUUUAAGAAAACAGAAAUAUAAUGCUGAUUAUGAACUGUCAGCAAAGCAAGGGGCAGAUACACUGGCUUAUAUUGCUCUCCUUGAAGAGAAGCUUCUCCCUGCUGUGCUUCACACAUUCUGGGUUGAGAGUGACAAUUACUUUACUGUAACAAAGCCAUGGUUUGCUUCACGAAUUCCUUUUCCCUUGAGUUUGAUUCUACCUGGAAGGAUGUCCAGAGGGGCAUUGAAUAGAAUUCUCCUGACAAAAGGAGAGCCUCCCCUCUACCGUGUCCAAGAAGUAGAAGCUCAGAUAUACAGAGAUGCCAAGGAGUGCCUAAAUCUUCUGUCAAACAGAUUGGGAACAUCUCAGUUUUUCUUUGGAGAUACGCCUUCUACCUUGGAUGCCUAUGUGUUUGGUUUUCUUGCACCUCUUUACAAAGUACGGUUUCCUAAAGUUCAGUUACAAGAACAUCUGAAACAGCUGUCCAACCUGUGUCGCUUUUGUGAUGAUAUCCUAAACAGUUACUUUAGGCUUAGUCUUGGAGAUGGAUGACAAUCUUCGCCAAAGCCCUCAGCUUCCUCCUCGGAAACUUCCAACACUUAAAUUAACUCCAGCUGAAGAAGAAAGUAAUUCCUUACAAAGGCUAUCACCCUGACAGUGGUCAUGCUUUGUGGUUAAAGUCAUGAUUGUUUUGGUAAUCUCUUAUAUCCACUGUGUGAAGGCAAAAGGGAAAUAACAUUUCUAGGUAAAAGGAAGACUAUAAAACAGAAGGAGACUUCUAUGACAUCUAUAUAUAUAUUUUUAAUUAGUAAGCUUGUAUUCUAGCUUGGCAUUGCAUUUUAAAUAAAGGUGAAUGCUUAAUGAACUUUGUGGGUGUGGGGGGGAACACAUUGUACUGUAUAUUUAAAAAAACCUGCCUUAACCUUGGCAGAUUUUUGCUUUUGGUUCACAUGUUGCUGACCAAAACUACAAUUUUGUUCUGAAUGUGCAUUUUUAAUUUAUUCAAGUUAACUUAUUCAAUUUACUAACUUAAUUACUUCUUUGACUUGUCUGAGUACAUAAUAUGUGGCUCUUUGAGACUUUUUUCUUCAGUUUAGAAAUCCUAUGCCUAUUUUAGGAAGUAUGAAAAAUAUAAAUUACUUCAACAGAAAAGCCUGUAUUUAACUUUAAAAAGCAAUGAGGAAUGUGCUUUUAAACUAUGCUCUCAUAAGUCUAAUCUUCUGAGGGUUUAGUACCACAUAUAUAAAUAUUAAAGGUGGUUAGAUAUAAUCUGAUGAUAUGCACUUCAAUAUAACAUUAGUAUUUGCUGCUAUGUUCAGUGUAGGUUAGCAAGGGCUCUUUGAGUUGCUGGGUGGAUAUGGCAGCUUUAGACCUGCUUAUUUGUAGCACAUCUUUAAUUGUCUCAUUCCUGUAUUGAUUCCAGGAGAUCUAAAU